AUGUCCUACUCCUUCAGCUCGUCCUACUCCUUCUCAAGCUCCAGUUCCUCAUCCUUCAACGGCCGCGGCGUCACUGGCCGCUCCUACGCCACCGAAUCCCACAGCACGCCUUCCGGCACCGCUACGCGCACCACAACCCAAAACAUGGGUCAGCCCACCAUUCAGGAGAUGCGCUACUACGACUCCCACGGUCGCGAGAUGCUGGGCGACGGCCGGGGCGGCGCUCCCCGCGCUGCCAUCGCGGCCAGCCGCAACAACGCCGCGCAGCAGCACCACACCCCUGGCCACGUCGAGGAGAUUGACGAAAACGACGAAGCUGCGAGAGCCUAUGAGCGCCGCAUUCAGGAUGAGUACGCGAAGAGGGAGGGGGGCGCAUAA